AAUGUCAGCGGUUUCUCUAUUACCCAGUCCUUCCCAGCCGUGCUACGAGCCCACGUGAAAUGGAGUGGCUACAUGAAAGCUUUUAGAUUUUUUGUUUUUUACAUGAUUUUUUAGUGUUACCUGUGUAUAGAUAGACCCAUAACUGCCGUAUAUCGACCAUGAUAACAUGCACCGCAUGGGUGAAGCGUGGAGCUGCCAAACGUAUACCAGACAAGGUUGCUUUAUCAAAAGAAGAAAUAGAAGAACUCAUUGAAGAUGCUAGAGACAAGCUAAGGUCAAAAGAGGAAGAAGAACAAGAAAAAUCAAGAAAUACCACAGUUAAAGAUGAAGAUAGCAAAACAGAUGUAAAAAUAAAGAAGGAGAAAACAGAGGAAGAUGAAACUCUGGAAGAAAUCAUACGAGAAUAUGACCUGGAUCAGGAAGAUCAAGAAGAAGGUGUUCGAAUGGAGGGAGCUGGGAUGGCCGGUUUGACCUACUACGCCUCAAACAAAGACGACCCAUACAUCCUUCUUAAGGAUGAUGUAGCUUCACUGAGUGCUUUGCUUUUCUUGUUAGUUGUUUAUGGUAUAUGUUAUGGCUUGCAGCCGGAUGAAGAGGAUGAGAAACAAGACUGGGAAAUCAAACCAUCUGAUAACCUUGUAAUAACAGGCCAAGUCGAAGAUGAAUUUUGCAACUUGGAAAUAUAUGUUUGGGAUGAGGAGGAAGAAAAUCACUAUGUUCAUCAUGACAUUCUACUGGAGUCUUUCCCGCUAGUCACGGAGUGGUUGGAUUAUGAUCCAAGCAGUGAACAGACAAGAGGUAACUAUGUAGCAGUUGGUACCAUGGAACCUUUCAUCGAUAUUUGGGAUCUAGAUGUUGUUGACACCCUGGAGCCUGUUGCCACCCUCGGGAAACGGCGAAAACAUAAGAAGAAAUCAAAGAGUACAAACGAAACAAUUAGUCAUACUGGUGCUGUCUUGGAUUUAUCCUGGAACCAUAAUGUGAGAAAUGUUUUAGCAAGUGCUUCGGCAGACCACUCGGUUAUUUUGUGGGAUCUGAAUCAUGCAAAAGCUGUUCAUGUUCUUGGCCAUCAUAAAGACAAAGUCCAGUCACUAGAAUUUCACCCCUAUGAACCACAAUCUUUACUUACGGGAUCUUUUGAUAAAAGAGCUAAAGUUGUGGACUGCAGAAGUCCGGAGAGCAAUAUAAAGUCCUGGAAAUUUAAUGGUGAAGUAGAGAGAGUCAUAUGGAAUCACUUUUCUCCGUUUAACUUUCUGAGCAGUACAGAUAAUGGGUUCGUAUAUUGUUGUGAUGUGCGCACAGAUGCUCCUGUGUUUACCAUCAAUGCCCAUGAUUCUGCCAUAGCAGGUCUUGUACUGAGUUCACAAGUGCCGAACUGCUUAGUGACCGCUUCUGCCGAUGGUAGUAUGAAAGUAUGGGAUAUUAAGGAUAACAAGCCAUCAUUUAUCUUGACACGAGAUAUGCAGAUGGGGCAUAUUCUGAGUGCUUCGUGUUGUCCCGACUCACCCUUCAUGCUCGCCCUUGGAGGAGAGAAACAAGGACUCAAGUUAUUUGACCUGAUGGAAAGUGCACCAGUCCGCCGCCAUUUCGAGGGACGAGAGAGACUGGCGCCAGUGACCGGAGGUAGAGAAGCUAAAACAAGUGAAGAGGCUGGCAGCGAGGAUCCCGACGCAGCUGAGCCAAUGGAGGAGGAGUCAGCGGCGACUGCCCUUGCUGGAUUAAGCCUGGGUUCGAGUAGUGGAACAAAAAAGAAGAAAAAGAAGAAAAGGAAGUGAUCAAAAUAAAGCGUUUAUGGAUUUGAA